CAGCGCGCGCGUACGAUUAUCCGAAAUCGUGUCGCUGACUUCAACGAAUCCUGAGACACUUAAAGCCGAGCCUUCUCGAGAAGGAAGUGUUGGUAGCCAACUACAAUUUUGUAUAAAUUGAACUGCAAACAAAUUCUUAAUACAAAAGUGCUUUGAGUGACUAAUUUGACUAAUAAAAAAAUAAGCAAAAGGCAUUUCACGCUUGAAAUGACGGCUAAGCCAAAAUUUGAAUUCGAGAAGGAGGGCCUGGUCACCAUUGGGCAUGUGGAUGCGGAUGAGGUUGAUCGCGUCGCGGAGAGCUUCAAGGGGCGUAGUCUAUUCAUAACAGGCGGCACUGGUUUUCUUGGAAAAGUUCUGGUGGAGAAGCUGCUGCGCUCGUGUGGCGAACUUAAGCGCAUUUAUCUGCUGAUACGGCCCAAGAAGGGCAAGGAUCCACAGGAGCGCAUUAAGGAUAUAUUUCAGAAUGUGUUGUUCGACCAGGUUAAAAAGCAGCGCGGCGAGGAGCACAUACUGAGCCAGGUGGUUGCCAUUGCCGGAGAUGUGAUGCUGCCGGGCUUAGGCAUUUCCGAACAGGACUUGACAAUACUGCGCAGCGAAGUUUCCAUUGUUUAUCACUGUGCCGCCACAGUCCGAUUCGAUGAGCCACUGCGCAAUGCUGUCUUUAUGAAUACACGUGGCACCAAGUAUAUGUUGGAGCUGGCUGCCACAUUGAAGCAAUUGGAAUUCUUUGCCUACUGCUCGACGGCCUACUGUCAUUUGCACGUGAAGACGCUGUAUGAGAAGCCGUAUGAUCCGCCCGCAGAUCCGCAUAAGGUGAUUCAGGCCUGCGAGUGGCUUUCUGAUGAGGAAGUGGCCCUGAUUGAGAAGAAGAUUCUGGGCGAUAUACCCAAUACCUAUGCGUAUACCAAGUCGCUCGCUGAGGCUUUGGUUGUGGAGAAGUUCAAAGAGUUGCCCGCUGUCAUACUGCGUCCGUCGAUUGUCAUACCCAUUUGGAAGGAGCCGAUACCCGGCUGGACGGAUAAUAUAAAUGGACCCACGGGUCUGCUCAUCGGUGCUGGCAAGGGUGUCAUUCGCACUAUGUACUGCAAUUCGUCGGGCUAUGGUGACUUCCUGCCCGUCGAUGUGGCAGUUAAUGGUAUUUUGGUCGCCAGUUGGCGGAAUAUUACAGCGGGCACGAACAAUACGAAUCGUGUGGCACAUAUGACGUCAUCGAAUGACAUUAAGGUUUCCUGGGCGGAGAUUAUCGAGCUGGGCCGGUGGGUCAUUGAGAACAAGGUGCCGCUUAACGGUGUUGCCUGGUAUCCGGGUGGUUCCAUGAAGUCCAACUAUUGGGUACAUUUCAUGUGCAUGAUAUUCUUCCAAUGGGUGCCAGCCUUGUUUGUGGAUGCUCUGCUUUGUCUAUUCCGCUAUCCGCCCGUACUCUGUCGCGUUCAGAAUCGCAUUUCCAAGGGUUUCGAGGUCUUUGAGUACUAUGCGAAUAAUGUUUGGAGUUUUGACAACACAGAAGCAGUUAAAUUACGAAAGUUGAUGAACAAUAAGGAACGCACAACUUAUGUAAUUGAGAAGAUUGAUCUAGAUCUGAUCGAUUACUUCACCAACUGUGUAUUGUGCGCCAGACGUUUAAUUCUCAAGGAAUCAGAUGAGUCGAUUCCGGCAGCGAAGCGACACAUGAAAGUAAUGUGGGUCGUGGACAAGGUGUACAAGGGCAUGUGGCUCUGCGGCAUUAUAUAUAUGGUCUACAGAUGUUUCUUUGCUGGCUAAACUAAUCGUAUAUUUAAGUUUAGUUAAGUGCUCGAGACCAAAAUUUUGCCCCAGCCGCUCGUUAUGCCGUAUUUCAUACAUUUUAUUAUAUUUUUAAGUGUUAGUUUUAGUUGGUGCUGAUUAGCUGUCAAAAAUAUGUUCAUUUUAAUUAUUAAGUUUUUUAAU